UCAACGAUGUUGCAACAGGAAGAUUUCGACCUUCACACUCUAUCAAUGGAAGAUGAUAGACCAGUACAUGAUUCGAUGCAUCCAUCGCUGUCACCGAGGGAUGAAGAAUUUCCCACGUCCUGCGAGACGAGUACCAAAAAAUCUCCCACGGAUGGAAAGAGUGAAAAGUCACACGAGGUCCAAAAUAAAGAGAGCACAACACUUUCUUGGUUGUUUGGUCGGUUGUGGUCUUUCUCACGCCGGAAGCCACACAUCUAUCUUUGUACCUCCAUGGAUCCCAGUACCAUCUCAGGACUCAAGGAGCAUUUGAAGCCGAAAUGUGAUCCAUGCAGGAGCAUCCUCCAAGAGCAGGAACUCCCUCACGGUGGACUGGAUGAGUUCAGGUUGCCACCAGAGGCAAGCAGAAGGGAUGCGGUUAUUCUCUGCCAUUCUGUGCAGAACCGAGGAUUGGCCAUCACUGAUGUCGAGAACUCAAUCUACGAGGAGUUCCUCAAGCACUGCAAUGCGGUCUUUGGGAAAGGUCACGUGUGUGUUAUCGUGCAUGAUUUUGAGUUCAAUUCAGGAGCAUUAAAGGGGAGUAGGGCGAUACUACAAACAAGACAACCGAUGACUUUCAAAAUGGCCGGUCUCAUUAUUCUCGCGGGAAAGCUUGCUGAUGGAGAACUACAGAUCAGUAAAGAAGAGAUUGAACAACUGAAAAACUUUAUCACGGGGAUUCGUUAAACAUAUCUCUCGUUUCAAAGGGAAAUCGAUAAAAAACAAAGACUAAAAGUGUUAGCAAUUAAAAAAGGCUACAAAAAUAAACAAAGACUAAACGCCUUAAUAAUAACUACUCAAAAGAGAAGGAGCGUUUCAUCAAUAUUUUCAUCCGACAAGUUGGAUCAGAUCGGACAUCUUUCCAUGAUUUUGAUUGGCUGAGAGGCACUGUUCCUAUAUGGUAACUGUCGGAUAGAACGUCCGACAAGUCCUUUCAUGAAACGCACCCCUGGUUGAACCUUUUUAAAGGCUGAAAUGACUAAGGAGAACUACUCAAAUAAAAUCUUUGAAAGAUACAUCCCUCCCUUUUGGCAAACGAAGGAGAGAAUGACAAAACUAUAGCCACCUAUUUCUACGUCUGAUAUAGCGUUUCGCCACCACUGUUUUGGGGCUGUUUUAUUAUUAUUAUUCAUGUUUGUGUGACUGUGUGUGGAUCGGAGAAGUGCAUAUAUAGAGUGUGAAAAUAUAUGGUGCUUAUAUGUUUUGAUAUUUAGUGUAAAUUGUUUUAUUUUUAUAUCAAGUUUGUGAUUUAGAAACAAUGUCUUACAUUACAAUAUGUGCAACGUGGCUUUGGUAAUUAUUAACUGAUUGUGUUUUGAUCGUAAUUCCAUAUUUUUUUUAUACGGCAGUUCUCAUAGAAAAAAAAUCUACAGAAAUGGGAAAUUUUAUUGAAAGGACUGGGCUGGUAUAACUAAAAUCAGGGGCCCGUUGCAUAAAACUUUUUACCCGAGAAAACUCAGGUUGUUUUUACCGGAGUUUUUGCCCUGUG